AUGCAUACAAAUUUCUUGAUUAUUGCGUUCGAUGGCAAAUGGACAGCAGAUUACAAGUACUUGGAUCAUAAAACGAAGCUCCUCCUGAUAAACGAUGGGACUUCAUUUGAAGAAUUUCUUAGAAAAUUUUUUGAAGUUAUAGAGCUUGACAACAAAAAGUUUCAAGCAAAUGUAUGGCUUAAUAUCAACCUAGGUACUUCUAAGGGAAUAGAAGUGACAAAAGAUGAAGAUCUUAUUAUGUGUAUGAUUCUUUUAAAAAAUGAUCCAUACUAUAAAGAUUCGAAAUUUGUUGUUGAAAUAUCAGAAAAACCAGAUCAACAACUAGAAGGUAAUGCAAUAAUGAAAAUUGAUAAUCAACAGUUAUUGCACAGAAACACAUAUGGUCCGGAAGAGCAAGUGUUGCUGAUAUCUCAAGUUGAAGAAGAGCAGGAGAAUCCAAUUUAUGAUAUUACAAUGGAAAAAGAAAUUGUAAUUCCUGUGGAAGAUCAGCACAUUGAAUCACUACAAAGUAUUGAAGGAAGAAAAAGGAAAGGAAAAGGAAAGGCAAAAGAAUCUCCAUCAAUAAUAUUAAAGGAAAAUGCAUCACUGGAUGAUGUAAAACUUGGUUCUGUUUUUCAAGAUAAAAAUGCCAUGAUUAGAUGUUUUUGCUUAGCAGCUAUAAAGGAGCAUUUUGAGUUCUAUGUUAACAGGUCAAGUAACACGAGAUACUCUUUGGUAUGUACUGAUGAAAAGUGUACUUGGACUGUUCGAGGUUCAAGAAUUAAGGAAUCAACACUUUUUAAAAUAGUUAAAUUUCAGAGAACACAUGAGUGCUCAGUUGAUAUUCGAAAAUCAGAUCAAAGGCAAGCAACUUCAAAUGUGAUUAGAGAUUACGUGAUUGACAACUUAAGAGACAUAGCUACUGAGGUAAAACCUAAGUUUGUCAUUUCAGAGAUGAAAAGAGCACAUGGAAUUGAUGUUGGUUAUGAAAAAGCAUGGCAUGCUAUUCAAAAGGGGUUAUCUUUGUUAAGAGGAACAACUGAACAGAAUUAUGAGCAGCUGCCAUCAUAUUUGUAUAUGAUGGAACAAAAAAAUCCAGGAUCAUAUACAAAUAUUGUGAGAGAUGAAGAAAACAGUAUAUUAUACAGGAUGUUAGUGGUUGUCAUCCAGUAUAUUUUACCGGAUAUCUGUUUGUUUACAUGUUUUUUUAUGUAUGGGGCAUCAAUUUCUGGGUGGAAGUAUUGUAGACCACUGAUUGCUGUUGAUGGAACAUUUCUAAAAAAUAAAUAUAGAGGUGUUCUAUUAGUGGCUGUUACCAAAGAUGCAAAUAACCAGAUUUUUCCUAUAGCUUUUGGAGUAGUGGAUAAAGAGAAUAAUGAAUCAUAUGAAUGGUAUUUCAGGGAAUUAAGAAAAGCAAUUGGGAUUCGUAAUGAUUUAAUGUUCUUGUCAGAUCGACACAAGGCUAUUGCAAAUGGAAUUGCAAAGGUUUUCCCUGAGUGCUACCAUGGAAUUUGCAUCUAUCAUUUAGAAAAGAAUCUGAAGCAAAGAAGAGUGAGAAACACUGUGAUAAAUCUCUUUCAAAGUGCUGCAAGAGUAUACCUUCAAUCAGAAUUUGAUGACUUCAUGUCCCAAAUAGCUGCUGUUGAUAAGAAAACUUUCAAUUAUUGA